GCCACCUGAACUACUCAUAGGAAAUGACAUUAGAGGAAAACUUCAAAGAAACAUUAAGAACUUGGAACCCUUUCACCUGAGGCGCCCCAAAAAGAGACCGUCCAUAUUUCCAGCUUCUCCAGUUGGCAACGGCUACAUCAAGCCUCCGGUUCCACCUGCUUCAGGCACACACAGGGAGAAAGGGCCGCCAACCAUGUUACCCAUCAACGUGGACCCUGACAGCAAACCAGGAGAAUAUGUCCUCAAGAGCUUGUUUGUCAACUUCACCACUCAGGCCGAACGCAAAAUCCGCAUCAUUAUGGCAGAGCCACUGGAAAAGCCAUUGACAAAAUCUCUACAGCGUGGAGAAGACCCCCAGUUUGACCAAGUCAUCAGCUCCAUGAGCUCCCUCUCUGAGUACUGCCUUCCCUCCAUUCUACGAACACUCUUUGACUGGUACAAAAGGCAAAAUGGUAUUGAAGAUGAAUCCCACGAAUACAGGCCAAGAACAAGCAAUAAAUCCAAAAGUGAUGAACAGCAGCGAGAUUAUCUAAUGGAAAGACGGGACCUCGCCAUCGAUUUUAUUUUUUCUUUAGUAUUAAUAGAAGUAUUGAAGCAGAUUCCACUUCAUCCUGUAAUAGAUGGUUUAAUUCAUGAUGUUAUUAACUUGGCUUUCAAGCACUUUAAAUACAAAGAAGGGUAUCUUGGUCCUAACACUGGCAACAUGCACAUUGUGGCCGACCUGUAUGCGGAAGUCAUUGGAGUGUUAGCACAAGCUAAAUUCCCUGCUGUCAAGAAGAAGUUUAUGGCAGAGUUAAAAGAAUUACGGCACAAAGAGCAAAAUCCGUAUGUGGUGCAGAGCAUUAUCAGCUUGAUAAUGGGAAUGAAAUUCUUUCGAAUUAAAAUGUAUCCAGUGGAAGACUUUGAGGCCUCUCUUCAAUUUAUGCAGGAAUGUGCCCAUUAUUUCCUUGAAGUCAAAGACAAAGAUAUCAAACAUGCCUUGGCUGGACUCUUUGUGGAAAUCCUUGUCCCAGUUGCGGCUGCCGUUAAAAAUGAAGUAAAUGUUCCCUGCCUUAGAAACUUCGUGGAAAGCCUAUAUGAUACCACUCUGGAACUUUCUUCUAGAAAGAAGCAUUCCUUGGCCUUGUACCCCCUGGUGACCUGUCUGCUCUGCGUCAGUCAGAAGCAGCUGUUCCUGAAUAGGUGGCAUGUUUUUCUUAACAACUGUUUGUCCAACCUUAAGAAUAAAGACCCCAAAAUGGCUCGAGUGGCCCUGGAAUCUCUCUACAGAUUACUGUGGGUUUACAUGAUUCGAAUUAAAUGUGAGAGCAACACGGCUACUCAGAGCCGACUUAUAACCAUCAUCACAACACUUUUCCCCAAAGGGUCCCGCGGUGUGGUGCCAAGAGAUAUGCCUCUGAACAUCUUUGUGAAAAUCAUCCAGUUCAUUGCCCAGGAACGUUUAGAUUUUGCAAUGAAAGAAAUCAUUUUUGAUUUUCUUUGUGUGGGAAAACCAGCUAAAGCUUUCAGUCUCAAUCCAGAGAGAAUGAACAUUGGUUUACGGGCAUUCUUGGUAAUAGCUGACAGCCUGCAGCAGAAAGAUGGUGAGCCUCCCAUGCCAGUUACAGGAGCCGUACUCCCCUCUGGAAACACAUUGAGAGUCAAGAAAACAUACUUGAGUAAAACGCUAACUGAAGAGGAAGCCAAAAUGAUAGGCAUGUCCUUGUAUUACUCUCAAGUACGAAAAGCUGUAGACAACAUUUUAAGGCACCUUGAUAAAGAAGUAGGACGGUGUAUGAUGCUAACCAAUGUCCAGAUGUUAAACAAAGAACCCGAAGACAUGAUCACGGGUGAAAGAAAGCCCAAAAUCGAUCUUUUCAGGACCUGUGUUGCUGCUAUUCCUCGACUGCUUCCUGAUGGGAUGUCAAAACUUGAACUUAUUGACUUGUUGGCCAGGCUCUCUAUUCAUAUGGAUGACGAACUGCGACAUAUUGCACAGAAUUCUCUUCAGGGCUUACUCGUUGACUUCUCAGACUGGAGAGAAGACGUGCUGUUUGGCUUUACCAACUUCCUGCUCCGGGAGGUCAACGACAUGCACCACACGCUGCUCGACUCGUCCCUGAAGUUGCUGCUGCAGCUGCUCACCCAGUGGAAGCUGGUCAUACAGACCCAAGGAAGAGCCUAUGAACAGGGCAACAAAAUCAGAAACUCAGAGCUCAUUCCCAAUGGUGCCAGCCACAGAAUCCAGUCAGAACGAGGCCCUCACUGCAGUGUCCUCCACGCCGUGGAAGGCUUUGCUCUGGUUUUACUCUGCAGUUUCCAGGUGGCCACACGCAAACUGUCUGUGUUAAUCCUGAAGGAAAUCCGAGCUCUGUUUCAUGCCCUGGGUCAGCCAGAGGAUGAUGACAGGCCAAUGAUUGAUGUCAUGGAUCAGCUAAGUUCUUCCAUUCUCGAAAGUUUUAUUCAUGUAGCAGUUUCGGAUUCAGCAACGUUACCGCUGACCCACAACGUGGAUCUGCAGUGGUUGGUGGAAUGGAAUGCAGUCCUGGUCAAUAGCCAUUAUGAUGUAAAGAGCCCUUCCCACGUCUGGAUAUUUGCACAGUCCGUCAAAGACCCCUGGGUCCUCUGCCUUUUCAGCUUUCUCCGGCAGGAGAACUUGCCCAAGCACUGCCCCACAGCCCUCAGCUAUGCCUGGCCUUAUGCCUUCACUCGGCUCCAGUCAGUGAUGCCUCUGGUGGACCCCAACAGCCCAAUUAAUGCCAAGAAAACCAGCACUGCGGGCAGUGGAGACAACUAUGUUACCUUGUGGAGAAACUACCUUAUUCUCUGUUUUGGAGUCGCAAAACCCAGUAUUAUGAGCCCAGGACAUUUACGAGCUUCCACUCCAGAAAUAAUGGCGACCACGCCUGAUGGUACAGUGAGCUACGAUAACAAGGCCAUAGGCACCCCAUCGGUGGGAGUUCUGUUAAAGCAGUUGGUGCCUUUGAUGAGACUAGAGAGCAUUGAGAUCACAGAGUCCUUAGUUUUAGGAUUUGGAAGAACAAAUUCCCUUGUUUUCAGAGAAUUGGUAGAAGAACUUCAUCCAUUAAUGAAAGAGGCUCUAGAAAGAAGACCAGAGAACAAGAAGCGCCGAGAACGGCGGGACUUGUUAAGGCUACAGUUACUUCGCAUUUUUGAGCUUCUGGCUGAUGCUGGUGUCAUAAGUGACAGCACAAAUGGAGCCUUAGAACGGGAUACAUUAGCUCUUGGAGCGUUGUUCUUAGAAUACGUGGACUUGACCCGCAUGCUCCUAGAAGCUGAAAAUGACAAAGAAGUUGAAAUUCUUAAAGAUAUCCGGGCACAUUUUAGUGCCAUGGUUGCCAACUUGAUUCAGUGCGUUCCAGUGCACCACCGAAGAUUUCUCUUCCCCCAGCAAAGCUUGAGGCACCAUCUCUUCAUCUUAUUUAGCCAGUGGGCAGGACCCUUCAGCAUCAUGUUCACACCUCUGGAUCGUUACAGUGACAGAAAUCAUCAGAUUACAAGAUACCAGUAUUGUGCAUUAAAGGCAAUGUCAGCAGUAUUGUGUUGUGGCCCUGUUUUCGACAAUGUGGGCCUUUCCCCAGAUGGAUACCUAUAUAAGUGGCUUGACAACAUUCUGGCUUGUCAAGAUUUAAGAGUUCAUCAACUUGGCUGUGAAGUUGUUGUCUUGUUAUUGGAACUUAAUCCUGAUCAAAUAAACCUUUUUAAUUGGGCCAUUGACCGAUGCUACACAGGUUCCUACCAACUUGCAUCCGGCUGCUUCAAAGCCAUAGCAACUGUAUGUGGAAGCAGGAACUAUCCCUUCGACAUAGUGACGUUGUUAAACCUCGUUCUAUUCAAGGCUUCUGACACCAACAGAGAGAUUUAUGAAAUCUCCAUGCAGCUCAUGCAGAUUCUUGAAGCAAAGCUUUUUGUAUACUCUAAGAAAGUCUCUGAACAAAGACCCGGCAGUAUUCUGUACGGAACGCACGGACCAUUGCCACCCCUAUACAGUGUGUCACUCACCCUCCUGUCCUCCGAACUGGCCAGGAUGUACCCCGAGCUCACUCUUCCACUGUUCUCAGAGGUAAGCCAGCGGUUCCCCACAACACACCCAAACGGGCGUCAGAUCAUGCUCACCUACCUGCUGCCCUGGCUGCACAACAUCGAGCUGGUGGACAGCAGGCUCCUCCUCCCUGGGUCAAGCCCCAGCAGCCCCGAGGACGAAGUCAAGGACCGAGAAGGAGAAGUGACAGCCCCUCAUGGGCUGAAAGGGAAUGGCUGGGGCUCUCCAGAAGCCACAUCACUGGUCCUCAAUAACCUCAUGUACAUGACGGCCAAGUAUGGAGAUGAAGUUCCUGGGCCAGAAAUGGAAAAUGCCUGGAAUGCGCUCGCCAACAACGAGAAAUGGAGCAACAACCUGAGGAUCACACUGCAGUUCCUGAUCAGCCUGUGCGGGGUUAGCAGUGACACGGUUCUCCUACCCUAUAUUAAAAAGGUGGCCAUAUACCUAUGCCGCAAUAACACCAUUCAAACCAUGGAAGAGCUUCUUUUUGAGCUGCAGCAGACUGAGCCCGUGAACCCCAUUGUCCAGCACUGUGACAACCCGCCCUUCUACCGCUUCACCGCCAGCAGCAAGGCCUCCGCAGCCGCUUCCGGAACCACCUCCAGCAGCAAUACAGUGGUUGCUGGCCAGGACAGUUUCCCAGAUGCCGAGGAAAGCAAGAUAUUGAAAGAAUCUGAUGAAAGGUUUAGUAAUGUCAUCAGAGCUCACACCCGCCUAGAGUCAAGAUACAGCAAUAGCUCUGGAGGAUCGUAUGAUGAGGAUAAAAAUGAUCCCAUCUCUCCCUACACGGGCUGGUUGUUGACCAUUACGGAGACCAAACAGCCACAGCCCUUACCGAUGCCAUGUACUGGAGGAUGCUGGGCCCCCCUGGUUGACUAUCUCCCAGAGACCAUCACUCCACGGGGGCCACUCCACAGGUGCAAUAUUGCUGUGAUUUUUAUGACUGAGAUGGUUGUGGAUCACAGUGUAAGAGAAGACUGGGCUCUCCAUCUACCACUAUUACUCCAUGCUGUCUUCUUAGGUUUGGACCAUUACCGGCCUGAAGUCUUUGAACACAGCAAAAAAUUGCUUCUUCACCUCUUGAUUGCCCUCUCUUGCAACAGCAAUUUUCAUGCCAUUGCUUCUGUGCUCCUGCAGACCCGUGAGAUGGGUGAAGCUAAGACUCUAACUGUCCAGCCAGCUUACCAACCGGAAUAUCUCUAUACAGGUGGCUUUGACUUCCUGAGAGAGGACCAGUCCUCCCCAGUGCCAGAUUCAGGGCUGAGCUCCAGUUCUACCUCCUCCAGCAUCAGCCUGGGAGGCAGCAGUGGGAACCUCCCACAGAUGACGCAAGAGGUAGAAGAUGUGGACACAGCUGCUGAAACCGAUGAGAAGGCAAACAAGCUCAUUGAAUUCCUGACAACCAGGGCAUUCGGUCCACUUUGGUGCCAUGAAGACAUCACACCCAAAAAUCAAAAUUCAAAGAGUGCCGAGCAGCUCACUAAUUUCCUACGUCAUGUUGUAUCCGUAUUCAAAGAUUCCAAAUCAGGUUUUCAUCUGGAACAACACUUGAGUGAAGUGGCACUGCAGACAGCCCUGGCGAGCUCCUCAAGGCACUAUGCUGGCCGGUCCUUCCAGAUAUUCCGGGCCCUCAAGCAGCCUCUGUCUGCACAUGCCUUGUCUGACCUCCUGUCUCGACUGGUGGAGGUGAUCGGAGAACACGGAGAUGAGAUUCAGGGUUAUGUAAUGGAAGCCCUUCUGACCUUGGAGGCUGCUGUGGAUAACUUAUCUGACUGCUUGAAGAACAGUGAUCUCUUAACUGUUUUAUCUCGCUCUUCAUCACCAGAUUUAAGCUCCAGCACUAAACUAACCGCAAGCAGAAAGAGCACAGGGCAACUAAAUGUGAACCCAGGAGCUGCCGGUGGCAACACCACAACUGCAGAACGGAGUCGGCAUCAAAGAAGCUUCUCUGUGCCCAAGAAGUUUGGUGUGGUUGACCGAUCCUCUGACCCACCUCGAAGUGCCACCCUGGACAGAAUCCAGGCUUGUACCCAACAGGGUCUUUCCUCAAAAACCAGAAGCUCCUCCUCUUUGAAGGACAGUCUUACGGACCCAUCCCACAUAAAUCAUCCCACCAACCUGUUGGCCACCAUCUUCUGGGUCACAGUGGCCUUGAUGGAGUCUGACUUUGAGUUUGAGUACCUAAUGGCCUUAAGGCUGUUGAAUCGACUACUAGCACAUAUGCCACUUGAUAAAGCUGAGAACCGAGAAAAACUUGAGAAACUCCAGGCCCAGCUCAAGUGGGCUGACUUCUCAGGGUUGCAGCAGCUGCUGCUGAAGGGAUUCACAUCUCUCACCACGACCGACCUGACCCUGCAACUUUUCAGCUUGCUGACCCCAGUGUCCAAAGUAUCCAUGGUGGAUUCAUCCCAAGCUAUCGGGUUUCCACUGAAUGUCUUGUGUCUCCUGCCCCAGCUGAUCCAGAAUUUUGAAAAUCCCAAUCAGUUCUGUAAAGAUAUAGCCGAAAGGAUUGCUCAGGUUUGUUUGGAAGAGAAAAACCCUAAACUUUCAAAUCUUGCACACGUUAUGACUCUUUAUAAAACACACAGCUAUACAAGGGACUGUGCCACGUGGGUCAAUGUGGUCUGUCGAUACCUUCACGAAGCAUAUGCUGACAUUACCUUGAACAUGGUCACCUACCUGGCAGAGUUGCUGGAGAAAGGUCUCCCCAGUAUGCAACAGCCCCUCCUCCAAGUGAUCUACAGUCUGCUCAGCUACAUGGACCUUUCUGUUGUUCCUGUCAAGCAGUUUAAUGUGGAAGUUCUUAAGACUAUUGAAAAAUACGUGCAAAGCAUUCACUGGAGAGAGGCUUUGAAUAUCUUAAAGUUGGUCGUGUCUCGAUCGGCCAGCCUGGUGUUGCCUUCCUACCAGCACAGUGACCUCUCAAAGAUAGAAAUACAUCGUGUGUGGACUAGUGCUUCCAAGGAACUACCUGGAAAAACCCUGGACUUUCACUUUGACAUUUCAGAGACACCAAUCAUUGGGAGGCAGUAUGAUGAACUACAGAAUUCUUCUGGGCGUGAUGGGAAGCCUAGGGCCAUGGCAGUUACCCGGAGCACAUCAUCCACCUCAUCAGGCUCCAAUUCCAAUGUUCUUGUUCCAGUCAGCUGGAAAAGGCCUCAGUAUUCUCAGAAGAGGACAAAAGAAAAGUUGGUGCACGUCCUUUCUCUGUGUGGCCAAGAAGUAGGAUUAAGCAAAAACCCAUCCGUGAUUUUUUCCUCGUGUGGGGACUUGGAUCUGCUGGAGCAUCAGACAAGCCUGGUAUCUUCCGAGGACGGCGCCAGGGAACAGGAGAACAUGGACGACACAAACAGCGAGCAGCAGUUUAGAGUCUUUAGGGACUUCGAUUUCCUAGACGUGGAGCUGGAGGAUGGAGAGGGUGAGAGUAUGGACAAUUUCAACUGGGGAGUGCGCAGGCGUUCUCUGGACAGUCUGGACAAGUGUGACAUGCAGACCCUGGAAGAACGCCAACUCUCAGGAAGCCCUCCCAGUCUAAAUAAAAUGAACCAUGAGGAUUCCGAUGAAUCAUCUGAGGAGGAGGACCUCACAGCCAGCCAGAUCCUGGAGCACUCCGAUCUAAUCAUGACCCUCUCCCCCUCUGAAGAGGCCAACCCCAUGGAAUUGCUCACCACAACCUGUGACUCAACUCCUGCUGACUCUCAUUCUUUUAUCACCAGAAUGGCCAGUUUUGAUGCUUCCUUGCCUGAUAUGAAUAACCUGCAGAUUUCUGAGGGUUCAAAGGCUGAUGCUGUCCAGGAGGAGGAAGACACCACUGUGCAUGAGGAUGAUCUUUCAAGUUCCAUUAAUGAGCUGCCCGCGGCUUUCGAAUGCAGUGACAGCUUUAGCCUGGAUAUGACUGAGGGAGAGGAAAAAGGCAACCGAGGUCUGGACCAGUUUACUCUCGCAAGCUUUGGAGAAGGUGACAGGGGAGUUUCUCCCCCUCCCUCGCCUUUCUUCUCGGCCAUCCUUGCUGCCUUUCAGCCCACGGCCUGUGAUGAUGCUGAGGAGGCCUGGCGCAGCCACAUCAACCAGCUUAUGUGUGACUCAGAUGGCUCCUGUGCAGUGUAUACAUUUCACGUGUUCUCCUCUCUGUUUAAGAAUAUUCAGAAACGAUUCUGCUUCCUAACCUGUGAUGCAGCCAGCUACCUUGGAGACAACCUCCGGGGAAUUGGAUCCAAAUUUGUCAGCUCUUCCCAGAUGCUCACCUCCUGCUCUGAGUGCCCUACACUCUUCGUGGAUGCUGAGACCCUCCUUUCUUGUGGACUUCUGGACAAGCUCAAGUUCAGUGUUUUAGAACUGCAAGAAUAUUUGGACACCUACAACAACAGAAAAGAGGCCACUCUCUCAUGGCUUGCAAAUUGUAAAGCAACAUUUGCAGGCGGAUCAAGAGAUGGAGUGAUUACCUGUCAACCAGGGGACUCAGAAGAAAAGCAACUGGAACUAUGUCAGAGAUUAUAUAAGCUACACUUCCAGCUGCUGUUGCUUUUUCAAUCCUACUGUAAACUCAUCGGCCAGGUGCAUGAAGUGAGCUCCAUGCCAGAGCUACUAAAUAUGUCCAGGGAACUGAGUGACCUGAAAAGAAAUCUGAAGGAGGCCACCGCAGCCAUUGCUGCGGACCCUCUUUACACAGAGGGAGCCUGGUCUGAGCCAACCUUCACGUCCACUGAAGCAGCCAUCCAGUCCAUGCUGGAGUGCCUCAAGAACAACGAACUUGGCAAAGCUCUACGGCAAAUCAGGGAAUGCAGAAGUCUGUGGCCCAACGACAUCUUUGGAAGCAGUUCUGAUGAUGAGGUCCAGACACUACUGAAUAUCUAUUUCCGUCACCAGACUCUGGGACAGACGGGUACAUAUGCACUGGUGGGAUCAAACCAGAGCCUGACCGAAAUUUGCACCAAACUGAUGGAGCUGAACAUGGAGAUCCGGGACAUGAUUCGCAGGGCCCAGAGCUACCGAGUCCUCACUACUUUUCUCCCAGACUCCAGUGUUUCUGGCACUAGUCUCUGACAGGAGCCUCCCGUCCCCCAUGGUUUCCAAGCUGGCGGUGCUGCCAUGCUGGGGCGACGUCAUUCAGUGUCUUCUCAGCCUUCACAAGGCUUGGACAGACUGUUCUCCCUCUUGUUACAUGUAGGACUUUUUCUAAAGAGGAUGGCAGAACUGCCAAUAUGUAGCAAUACCAUAAGAACCAAGGGAGCAUAGGACAUCUUGAGACAGACUCCACCUGUCAUGCUGUGUGGCACAAAUGUGUUUUCCUUUUACUGAGCAAACGCAACUCACUACUGAAGAAGUGACUUCCAUUGCAUACCAAAGCCGACGACACUGAACAAUACCUUUCUAGAAGCAGUUUUAGAUUGGCAAAAGUGCAAUGUUUUCCUCAUUUAAAGAGAUUUAUAUUCUGAAACUUGUACAUUCGUUUCCUUUCUUUUUCCUUUGACCCCCUCUUCACCCCCCCCCCUUUUUUUUUUUUUUUGGUGGGCUGAGAAAGGGACAGGCAGAAUGAAGCUGGCCACUGAAAAAUUGUAAGAUGGUCAAAAGCCGACAGCCUGUGUAUCUGAAAAGGGAAUUGUAAAUGGACUACAAUUUAAUGUACACUGUUAUUUGAAUACAAUUACUGUAUCUAAAAGAAGCUGCUAUGAAGUACCUUUUUGUUGUUGUUGUUGCUAGGCUACUGUUUCUGAAGGCCCUGGAUCUUUUUGCACCAGAAAUGAUCCAGAUACUCUUUUUAAGGAUCUUGGCUGCUUUUUACUAGAAGGUCGCUUUUAUGAGCAUAUUUAUACUACAGAAGGAUGAGUGUUAAUUUUAAUUAACUUUGUCAUUUUGUAGAGAAAAAUUAUCACAUUAUGAAUUCCAAGUCUUUCACUUGUCACGCAUGCAUAUUUUAAUAUCCAUUUGGAUAGCUGGAAGUGGAAUCAUAAAAGUAAACUAUGAGUUGUCAUUUUGUUUCUUAAGAAUGUCAUAUUUUAUUUAUAAUAUACAUGUAAUGGGCCAUUCUUAAGUUUUCUCCUUAAACUUAAUGCUGUCAAGUGUUAGAUGUGUGCAUGUGACUCUGUUGCACAUCAAAACAUAUUCAAAGUUUAUCUAUGUAACUUAUUCACUCUGUAAAUACAUUUAAAGAUUUUGUGAUGUAAUCUUGAUUGAUAUUCUGUUCAGACAUUUCUUUAGACUAAAAAGAAAAGACAAAAAUACAUGUUGACCUUGGAUUUUAUUUCUGGUUAAUGAAAAUAUUUGCCUUUGAUAUACAUUAAUAGUUUUGCAGGUGGGCUGCUACAGUGACAACUCCAAGGGACACCAUUUACAUUUAGUAUGUAAAUGGCAUCCAUUGGGAUUGUGUAGCAAAGGCCCUUGAAGCCAGAGGUAAAUAGAAUGUCUCUGGAAAUGGGCACUAAAAGUCUUCCAACCAGUUCUCUCUGUAAUCAAUCAAAGAGAAAAAUCAGAAAAGAACAAAGGCAUCUAAUUGUCCAUAACCUGUCCUUUAAGGCUGACAUCCUUAAAAUUAUAGAACAGAUUUUAUAAUGAGUAGUAAAUACUAGACUUUUUGUACUAUCACUGACACCCCACUAGAAAAACAGGGAUAGACAGAGAGCAAUCUGAUGAAUACUGUCUUUCUCCUCACAAACUAACAACUUGCUUUACUGACAUACAACUACUGAAUCAUUAAUAGUAAUUUUGUAGAAGUAUCCUGCAGGAGGGAGUCUGACACAAGUUUUUGUUGUUACCAUUGAUAAAAUUAUUAAUAUAUUUUAAGAACUUUCUGGAUGGCUGUAAACAUUCUUUUGAUAAGUUAUUUUUUUCAACUGAAAGAUAAAUUUGUUGUGAUUUGUAGAACAAACAACUGAAUCAUGAUCACUCUGAAAAAUACCUCAUAAAAUACAGGUUUCCGUGGGUAACAAUAGCCACCUGUCAGUUUUGUUGGAAGCCACAGUACAAAGGACUGACUGGUCUUGACAGUUUGCCACCAUGCCCUCUUCUUAUCCAGCAAAGAACCACCACAAUGGUUUACUCUGUUCAAAAGGAUGUCAACAGUACAUUGAAUUCUGACAUAUUAGACUGCAGUCAUAAGAAAAAAAAUCAAGUUUGUCUUUUUUUUAUUUUUGAAAAGAAAUAUGUUAAUGUGAAUUGGGUUUCUCUGCUUUUCCUCUAUUUCUUCACUGUCUCUCCCUUGAAUGGAGGUGGGAAGAAUUGUGUAGGAAAGGAACCCCACCCCAGUUGAGCCCAGCAGUAGUUUUAGAUCUUCCAAUCAGGUCUCCUGGGCUAACAUGCCCCACUUCACUUAGUGAAGCACUAAUUUUCACUACCUUCCUCAAGGCUACAGAGGUUGAGGUGCCAAAGGAGAGGGUAGACACCUAACUGAUGCUUUAGUGAUAAAAUGCCUCCUCAUUGCUCAUUAGAGCCAAAUGAUGAUACUUUUUACCCAUUGGCAUGAUAAAGCAAUCAAGAUAAGCCUUCUCUAAUAGACAUAACUUGAUUAAAAUUAUACUCUACUCUCUAAAUAUGGUGAUUUCAAAAAAGCAACAAAAAUUUUAGAGGCAUCUGUAUGUUUUACUUCCACCCACAGGUGAGAAUGUUAAGAAAAUGUGUUGAAUCAGCUGUAAAAUAAAGAUGCUUUUAACUGUUAGCAUCAUACAUAUGUGCACAUACAGAUUUUAAGGCAUCUGGUUCCAAGUUCUAACAAACAUUGACCUUUUCAGUGGAUUCUAGAAAGAGGGUACUGCUAUUUAUAUCAAUAACUUACACCUGCUUCCAGGUCACUGCCCAAACAUAAAAUUAGUGUCCCCCAGUGAAUUUCAUGGUUUGUUAAUGUGUCUCAAUAAAGCUGGUUUUUAAAGUA